AGUAAAAUACAUUUAAUUCAUUUUAUAUAACCGAUUUCUCUCUUUCUCGCUAUAAAUUUGCGAUUUUCUCACUCUUCUUCGUUUCGUUCUUAGCUAGCUUUGUUCAUCACCGCCUCUGUCAACCAUGGCGUUUCCCUACAUGGAAGCUGUUGUUGGGUUUAUGAUAUUGAUGUACAUUUUUGAAUCUUACUUGGAUUUGCGACAACACAAGGCACUCAAACUUCCUACUCUUCCAAAGUCUUUAGAAGGAGUAAUCAGCCAAGAGAAAUUUGAGAAAUCUAGAGCCUAUAGUCUUGAUAAAAGCCACUUCCAUUUUGUUCAUGCGUUGGUGACUAUUAUCACAGACUCUACGAUUUUGUACUUCAAAGUAUUGCCCUGGUUUUGGAAGAAAUCAGGAGAUUUUGUGACAUUAGCUGGUCUCAAUGCAGAAAAUGAAAUAUUUCAUACCCUUGGCUUUUUAGCUGGUUUGAUGAUCUGGUCACAAACAACUGAUUUGCCUUUUUCUCUUUACUCAACUUUUGUGAUUGAGUCCCGUCAUGGCUUUAAUAAGCAAACACCAUGGUUAUUCUUCAGGGACAUGAUUAAAGGAAUUUUUCUUUCCAUAAUAAUUGGUCCUCCAGUUGUGGCUGCAAUCAUUGUAAUAGUACAGAAAGGAGGUCCAUACCUGGCGAUCUAUCUUUGGGCAUUUAUGUUUGGUCUUUCCCUUGUGAUGCUAACAAUUUAUCCAAUUCUAAUAGCUCCACUCUUCAAUAAGUUCACUCCUCUUCCAGAUGGUCCACUCAGGGAGAAAAUUGAGAAACUUGCUUCCUCCCUCAAUUUUCCAUUAAAGAAGUUGUUUGUUGUUGAUGGAUCCACAAGAUCAAGUCACAGCAAUGCCUAUAUGUAUGGAUUCUUCAAGAACAAAAGGAUUGUGCUUUAUGACACAUUAGUUCAACAGUGCAAAAACGAUGAGGAAAUUGUUGCUGUUAUUGCCCAUGAGCUUGGACACUGGAAGCUCAACCAUACUGUGUACACCUUCAUUGCUAUGCAGAUUCUUACACUCUUGCAAUUUGGAGGAUAUACGCUAGUGCGUAAUUCAACUGAUCUGUUCCAAAGUUUUGGGUUUGAUACACAGCCAGUCCUCAUUGGACUCAUCCUAUUUCAGCAUACUGUUAUUCCACUCCAACAACUAGUCAGCUUUGGUCUGAACCUUGUGAGCAGAUCAUUUGAAUUCCAGGCUGAUGGCUUUGCUAAGAAGCUUGGAUAUUCAUCUUCGCUACGAGCUGGUCUUGUGAAAUUACAGGAGGAGAAUCUGUCAGCUAUGAAUACAGAUCCAUGGUACUCUGCUUAUCACUAUUCUCAUCCUCCCCUUGUUGAAAGAUUGGCUGCACUUGACAUACCGGAUAAGUCAGAGAAGUCAGAGUAGUGCAAGCAACCUAUGGAUGAAGAGAGCAGCGAAAAUUCAUUGUACUGCAACUUGCAAUGAUUUUAGUGCUAUAAUGUCUCACGGUUGAUGACUUUUUUGUGUUCAGUUGCUUGUUUUGCACACUGCUAGGCCUCACAGGAUUAUAAGCUGAUACAAUAUGUAGUGACGUUAUCAUAGGAGUAGUACUAUACUAUUUUAUAAGUUUAUCUUUUAAAGCAUCUAACUAUACAUUAAAAUCAUGGGUUACUUAACCUUGAUUAGGUUUCUGAAUUUGAUAUGAAAACUUUUGAAAUACCAACUCUACUAACAUUCAUUUGUUUUAACUUUUAAGUAACUAUUGUAGUUCCUUUAA